GGCACCGGCGCCGCUUCCGCCCGGGCCCGCGAUGGCGGCGCGGCGGCACCGUGCGCAUGUGCGGGGCUCCAUGGCGAGACAAGGGGCCGAGCGCGCGCAGGGCGGCCCGGCGCGGACAGGGCUGUGAAGUCGGAGCCUCCUCUGCGAUUGCCCCGCGGAUGCGCCUCGGAGCAGAGCGAUGAAGGGGCAGCAGAAAGCAGCCGAGACGGAAGAGGGAACGGUGCAGAUCCAGGAAGGUGCAGUGGCCACAGGGGAGGAUCCCACCAGCGUCGCCAUUGCCAGCAUCCAGUCUGCAGCCACCUUCCCCGACCCCAACAUCAAGUAUGUGUUCCGCACGGAGAACGGCGGCACGCAGGUGAUGUACAGGGUGAUCCAAGUGGCCGACGGGCAGCUGGACGGGCAGACGGAGGGCACCAGCGCCAUCAGCGGUUACCCUGCCGCCCAGUCCAUGACCCAGGCCGUCAUCCAGGGCGCCUUCACCAGCGAGGAUGCGGUGGAGACGGAGGCCACGGCCACCGAGACCCAUUACACCUACUUCCCUGCCGUGGCCGACACCAGCACCGCAGCCGGCGCCGGCACCACGGCCACGGCCGUCGUCACCACGCAGAACUCGGAGGCCCUCUUAGGGCAGCCGACCCCGACGGGGCAGUUCUUUGUGAUGAUGUCGCCGCAGGAGGUGCUGCAGGGGGGCCCGCAGAGAUCCAUCGCCCCCCGUGCGCACCCCUACUCCCCGGCUGGGAUGGAGCCGGAUCCUCACCGGGAUCACCGGGACCGACGCCGCCGGUGUUCCCCCAGGAAGUCGGAGGCACCGCGAGCCACGCGGGACGAGAAGCGCCGGGCACAGCACAACGAAGUGGAGCGCCGGCGCCGGGACAAGAUCAACAACUGGAUCGUGCAGCUCUCCAAGAUCAUCCCCGACUGCUCCAUGGAGAACACCAAGUCAGGGCAGAGCAAGGGGGGGAUCCUGUCCAAGGCCUGCGACUACAUCCAGGAGCUGCGGCAGAGCAACCAUCGGCUCUCCGAGGAGCUGCAGGGCCUCGACCAGCUCCAGAUGGACAACGAGGUCUUGCGGCAGCAGGUUGAGGACCUGAAGAACAAGAACCUGAUCCUGCGGGCGCAGCUCCGCCAGCACGGGGUGGAGAUCGUCAUCAAGAACGACACCCACUGACGGGGGGGGCACACGGGGAACACCCCCCCCAACACCCCCC